CUUCGUGCGAUUCAGACGUAACGCGUGAAAAUCGGAAACACGGAAAAUAUUCGCUAGUAUACUCGUAUUCCUAUGGUUCCUCGCAUUUUUUUUUUCUGCAAGAGAAGACGAAAGUAUUUACUCUAUGCAACACCUUGAAAGUGUAUAAAAAGAUGAAUUUUUGAAAAAUAUAGCAUAUUAAACUUUCACAACUUUUCAAAGUAUAUCUAUGAAAUUUACUUUGUUUCAAACAUUAUAUGCAAAAAUUGUGCUUUUUUGUUCUUAAUUUCGAAGUGCUCUUUUAAAUGUUGAAACACCUGCAACAAAGACACUAAUGUAUUCUCUUUAAAAUGUGCACACUUAAGCGUCUGAUCUCUGCACAUUGAUUACAUUUAUUUGUGUGCCAUCAAGAACAAAGUAGUGGCGUGCACUUCUUGACAAGUGGAUUUAAAGUUGUGUAUAUGCACAGCAAAAAGUAAAACACGCAAACACAACACACGAAAAUGGCUAUACUGCAGUCUUGUUGCUUUUGGAAGACGGUGCGUACCGGAAGCAUGGCAAGCGCCACCUACACUUUGGUGUACUUUGGUUUCUCCACCGUUGUUAUGCUCAUUACCGUUUACGAUGAACAGGAAUUUCUGGCUGGCAGCAGAGGGCAACCAUUAGGAGAAAGCAUCUUGGCCAAAGGAGAGAUAACACCGGCUAUUGUUGUAUUUAAUAUUCUGUUUCUGAUUUGUUCGUUCUUUAUCGUUUUGUCGUCGCUCUUAACGUUCGUGGGAUUGAAGCAAAAUAAGCGUCAACUUCUGUUACCCUGGAUUGUUUUCAUGCUUUGCGAUGUACUGAUUGAAAUUCUUCACUUGGUUUAUUUGUCAUUUACACAAAUGGUGAACUUCGAUCCCGUAGUCGGCUUUAUAUUCACCAUUGACUUUUUUAUAAUGUGUCUGAAUUCUUACUGUCUGCUGUGCGUGAUAUCGCAAUAUCAAAAUUACCUGCAGGGACUUGGUUGCGGGAAUCAACAGAUACGGACCGAAGUGGUGAUACAAUCAGCUGAUGGUGGAGCUGGGUCGAGUCAGAGUUAUUUACGUGCAACGAAAAUACAAAAAUCCAUCGCCAGUCCUUACAUAACAACGAAUCCGCACACGCACAUUUCAACGAUACACGAAGAGAUGGACCAAAACCAUAAAAUUCCUACCAGUUCAGCGGAAGCGCCGAGCGAACCGAUAGAGGAAAACUGCUUGCACUUGACUGUCAACAUUCCGUCUCCGUUCUAAGUGUGAUAUUACCAGCGUUUCCAUCUCUAUUAGAACCAGUAACGCGUGGUGGAGAGUAUAUACAGUAGCCGAAGUAGCAUCAGAAUUUGUAACGAAUGAAUGCAACAAUUGCGCUGCAGAUGAAACGGGAAAAUAUGUUGUUGCAACUAUAUGCACGUAAAGCUAAUUUUGUACUGCUUAAAGACACGUAAGUGACGUGUGCGAUAAAAAUGCAGGCAGCAUUUUGGUUAAAGAAGAAGAAGAGUAGUUGAAGUCGCACACAAAGUGAGCAGAAUAAUCAAUGCGGCUGACAUACAUAGGUAUUCUACUAAAUGCAUACUCCUUUGUCAAUUUAACAACAAAAUAUUUUGGGAAAAUAAAAAGCGUUUCACCGCUCUGUAUUUCCUGAUUUACAUAUGUAUAUGUGUGUAUAUAUGUAGUGUAUUAUUUUAUUAAAAGAAAUUUCACGUCUUCAAAAGGUGCACAUAUAUACAAACUAUUUACGAAAUUAUUGUAGUGUAAAUAAAAAUGUACAAAGAGGGUGUUUUUUAGAGGUGUAAAACUUUUAACUCGAAUAAAACAUUUCGUGUUUAAAUAAACCUGAGUAUGAAAUAACUUACCCGACUUCUCGCAAAUAAUGCGUUGAAUAUUAACUUCCAAUUGCUCUGUCUGUUUUAUCAGCUCUCGGCCCCAAAUGAGUAGUCAUAACGGUGUCAAAGGCUAGGUAGCUUUGCCAAAGGUUUGUUUCAAUAAGGUGACGGUUUUGAGCGCUAUAACGCUUGCCGAACCUGUCUACUGAAACCAAUUUGCUCCCAAGCGAUUGAUAUUUACAACGGAAACGUAAUAAAUAAAAGAAAUAAUUUUUAAGUAGCGCUCACCAUGGAUCACGACAACAGAAAUUUUUUUCACAGCUAGUUCGACAACUAUAGUUCUAAUAAAUUCUAAAACAUAAAGAAACACCUAUUAUGUGCAGGCACAUAAAUACGGUUAAUUUACAAACCCAUUGUCUUAAAAAUCAAGAUCUGUAUAAAAAUUAACUUCGCAGAAAAAUCUUUUCGAUAUUGUACAUUGUAAAUAUUAUAAUAAAAUUUUAAUUCAAC